UAUCAUAUAACCAUCAAUUAACCAUAUAUAUAUGGCUCAAUCAUCUCCACCCAGUUACGCCGCCGUGCUUGAGCAAUGCUCAGUAGCGCCGCCUCCCGGAAAAGUCGCCGCCUUUUCUCUUCCUCUCACAUUUUUAGACCUACAAUGGCUCCAUUCCUCCCCUGCCCAUCGCCUUAUCUUCUACCAACACCCCAUCUCCACAACACACUUCAAAGAUACUAUCAUUCCCCAUCUCAAAACUUCCUUCUCCAUUGCCCUCCAAUAUUACCCUCUCCUAGCAGCCAAAUUGGCCGUUCCUUCCGACAAUUCCACCCCGCCUGAAUUUGUAUACGGUGACGGUGACGGCGUUUCUCUUGUCUUCGCCGUGUCGGACGAUAACGGCCGUUUUGAUCGUUUAUCGUCGAACCAUGCAAGAAACUGUAACGAAUUUUAUCCCCUUAUUCCCACGUUACCGUCAGUUACACGUGGUAUGUUUGCCGUCAAAGUGACGCUAUUCCCAAACGCCGGAAUUUGCGUCGGAAUCGCCAGCUACCAUGUAGCCGCAGACGAUAGUAGUAAUUUUGGGUUCAUGAAGGCGUGGACUGCGCUUUCUAUACUCGCGCACAAAUCGUCACCCCUUUCACUUUCCGAUGAAUAUCUGCCGUUUCUGGAUAGAACCGCCAUUGAAGACUACCCUAAAGGACUCAAAACUGUGGCGUGGAACCAAAUGAAGCAUAUCAAGAUUAUUAACGAUGACGGUGACGGUGACUGUGUUCCCUUCGCUGACGUCACCGGCAAGGCACGUGCCACGUUUAUCGUUACGCGAAACGACGUUGAGAAACUGAAAACUCACGUGAUCUCGAGCGGGACCAAAAAAACAUCCUCGUUCGUGGUGACGUGUGCGUACGUGUGGAUCUGUUUGCUGAGGUCACAAUGCUUGGGCCCUAGCGUCAACCGUGACGGAGAUGAUGACGACGACGACGACACCGUGUACUUCGUUUGCGCGGCUGAUUGUCGGGCGCGUUUGGACACGCCAUUGCCGGCGAAGUACUUCGGGAACUGCGUCGUGCCGUGCAUAGCACGCGCGAAGGCCGGGCGGCUUAUUGCGGCGGAGGAAGGCCUUGCGGUGGCGGCGGAGGCGAUCGGGGACGCCAUUAAGUGGCAGUUGCAGGGCGAGGAGGGGGUCCUUAGAGGAGCCGAAAACUGGAUGAGUUUCUUCGCUACAGUGAAUCAUGAACGGAUCCUGAGUGUUUCUGGUUCUCCCAGGUUUGACUAUUAUGAAAUGGAUUUUGGGUGGGGAAAGCCUAAGAAGACGGAGAUUACUUCCAUAGAUAAUUCAGGAGGAUUCCAGGUUGGGUGCGCUAAGGAAUCCUUGGAUAUUGAGGUUGGUGUGUCUGUACCUGCGACCAAAAUGCAUCUUCUCAAGACGCUUUUCGAUGAGGGCCUUCAAGCUUGAUCGAGUUGGCUUGAAUGUUUUAAUAAACUCAUUUAAAAUCCCAGUCUUUAUUUUACUCCAUGCAUGUUCUUGUUUCUUGGCUGAUAUAAUAGCCAUUAUAUUCCUGAUCGAAGUUGUUUGGUAUGCACUAGAAUAACUCAAUAAUACAUUAUCAUAUACUGUAUUUUAUCCAGUCAAUUGAUUGUGUUUCAUAUUUUAUAGUAAAUAUGGAGUAUAUGUUUAUAGCUUUGCUCCAUUUCCCACUUAAUUUUCCAAUGUGAUUGU